GGAUCUUCUGAUUGAGCUCUCUCUAUAUACCGCUGUAUAUUUGUACUGCUCAGUAUUCUGCUACAUUGUUACAGUAAUUCCUGACUCUCCCAUCAAGCCCUCCCAGGUAUCCUAUAGAAGAGCAGCAGAGCAGUCUGUUAAAUUCCUGAAACUAUAGAUUCACAAGAACAGGAUACCUCCCUCUUGGAUCUAAUGUGUUCAUGAAUUUAAGCCCAGGGCAGUGGAAGUUGGGGGCCAACUUGUUCCUGAUGAGCUGCAGUUUGUAAGAUGACCAAUCCGCAUCAUCGAGCCACAGGUGCUUGUAUGUGAACUUGUUCCAACGAAUGUUCAUGAUGGGUCAAUGGAGUUCACAUGAAGGUAAUACAGUUGUGAUAUUGUUUGAAAACAUCGAGUAUGCACACCAUUAGAAGUGUGCAACAGAAAACCAGAAUCUUUUUUUUGAUUCAAUGACGUGAGCCACUGUGUGCCGUGAUUAAUCUAGGAGUGUGAGUAAAAAACGAACUGCUCUUUGCUGGCAGCCAGGUUGACUUGAUGCCUGAAGAAGACCAUUUUCUAAAAGAAUGCCCAGGAGAGGAUUAUUUCUCCAAGGCAGGACCCGUUGGUUAUUGGUUGGGCUUGCCCUGGUGUUCAGUUUACUGCUUUUAAUGUAUUUAUUGGAAUGUGCUCCCGCGUCUGAACAAAAUGUCUCUCUUCCUGGAAUCCCUGGAGAAAUGUACAGCAAGGAAUAUUACCAGGCUCUCCUCCAAGAACAGGAGGAACAUUACAAAAGCCGUGCCAGCAGCCUAAAACGCCAGAUUGCCCAACUUAAGCAGGAACUCCAAGAGAUGAGCGAGAGACUGAGAUUGGCACAGGAAAAGAAGCUCUCUGCUGCCAAUGGUGUGGCACACCAAGGUAACAAAGACCAGCCCAACGACUUACUUGAGUUUCUUCACUCACAGAUUGAUAAGGCAGAGGUUAUUGCAGGUGCAAAACUGGCAAGUGAAUAUGCUGUGGUACCCUUUGAAAGUUUCAAUGCAAUGAAAGUUUACCAACUGGAGAUGGGAUUGACACGGCACCCGGAGGAAAAACCCACCAGGAAGGAUCGGAGGGAUGAACUGGCUGAGGUUAUAGAGGCUGGGCUAGAAGUUAUCAAUAAUCCAGAAGAUGAUGAGGAGGAAGAACAAGACAACAGAGAUGGUGACAAAGUGAUGUUCAGCGAAACUGACUUUCUUGAAGGUUACUACCGCACAGAAAGGGACAAGGGUUCUCAUUAUGAACUUUUCUACAAGAAGCAAGAUGUUCAAGCCUACCGGCAUGUAACUCUAUUUCGACCAUUUGGACCACUUAUGAAGGUGAAAGUGGAAACUGAAGACACUUCUAAAACUUUAGUUAAUAUCAUCGUGCCACUUUCUGAUCGAACGGAUGCUUUCGCUCAGUUUUUGCAAACCUACCGAGAUGUGUGUAUUGAGCAAGAUAAAAGGACUUACCUAACUGUAGUAUAUUUUGGAGAUGACGGCUUGUUAGAGGUCAAAAAGUUACUGAAAACUCUAGAAAGUGAAACAGGCUUCCGUAACUACACAUUGAUACCAUUGAAGGAAGAAUUCAAUCGAGGAAGGGGUUUAGAGGUUGGAGCUCACACCUGGAACAAAGGAGAUGUUCUACUAUUCUUUUGUGAUGUUGAUAUAUAUUUCACAGCUGGAUUUCUUGACACUUGCAGACUAAAUGCAAGGCCUGGUAAGAAAGUAUUCUAUCCUGUGGUGUUUAGUCUGUACAAUCCUGCAAUUGUGUAUGCCAAUCAAGAGGUAACUCCACCGGUGGAGCAGCAACUAGUUCAUAAGAAGGAUUCUGGCUUCUGGAGAGACUUUGGCUUUGGGAUGACUUGCCAGUAUAGGUCAGACUUCCUAUCUAUAGGUGGAUUUGAUCUUGAAGUUAAAGGAUGGGGUGGAGAAGAUGUUCAUUUGUACAGAAAGUAUCUCCAUGGGGAUCUCAUUGUAGUGCGUACCCCUGUGCCCGGCUUGUUUCACUUGUGGCACGAGAAGCUGUGUGUGGAUGAGUUGACUCCAGAACAGUAUCGUAUGUGCAUCCAAUCUAAAGCCAUGAAUGAGGCUUCCCAUCCACACCUGGGCAUGUUGGUGUUCAGAGAUGAAAUUGAAGCUCACCUUCGAAAGCAAGCCUUCAGGAUUAAUGACAAUCCUGAUGCCUGAGAGAAUACGACAGAGAAACACUUAUUUAAGUUAAAAACUGGGCUAGAAUGUGUUAUUAUGCUGCAAAGUCCUACAUAUAUCUCUUGGCUUUUGUGCAGUGACAUUAGCUUCUUCCCAGUCAUAAUAAAGUUUACUCUUGGGUGAUCUGCCAGAGUUUACUUAAUCUACAGUCUGGAACAAGAAACACACCCGAUAUAGUAGCUGUAGCGGUAUAUCAUUCAAAUAAUGUUUUGUAGAGCACUGAAUGAGCAACUUAUUAAAGCACAGUGUGUGUGCUAAGGUGACCUUUUUAUGCUAUCCAACAAAUUGUGGUUUUUUUAUGACAUUUCAAAGGAGCUGUCAUUUUGAUGGUGUAUUCCUUGAAUAAUAUUGUAUGUAUUCUAGAAAAUAAGCAGGUACUUCACGAUCGUUGUAGUGGAAUUUUGACCCCUAUGUGCCUUAUUAUGAUGAAUUCCUUUGGUCGUGAGAAACGUUUAGAAAUCGACUUGAACACAAUGGUACAUCAGAUGCAGAGGAUCCUCAUAGUAGCCCCAAAUUUUAUCCUCUAAUGGUUCCU